UACAGGGGCUAGGACUCAGAAAAGAGAGCUGUACCUGUACGCUCUCUAUUGUAAGUAAUGCUGCAGGCCUUGUUUCAGAGCUCUGCCAUAUGCCCUUUUAACUUUAUCUUCUCCUAUAUCAACCCACCCGGGGCACCCCACCAAGAAAACCAGAAAAAAAGAAAAAAAAAGAAGAAAAUCUCUCUCACUCUGGCUCUCCAGUCUCCACUAUAUAUAUAUAUAUAUAUAUAUAUACAGUAUAUAUAUCGUAGUAGUAUAAAAUGCUCAUUCAGUUGCUGUGUUAGUGUGUGUGAAUAUGGCCGCUGUGUAAUAGAGAGUACUACAUCUCUGCCAGAAAAACAGAACCGAUGUGAUUGAACAAGGACAGUGAGCAGUACUCCUCGGAGGCGGAGAGCUCUUUCUUUUUUUCUUUCUCUUCUCUUUUCUUUCUGACUUGCCUUCACAUUUUUUCACAAUCGUUGAGUAAUUAUUCUCUCUCCCAUUCCCCAUCUUCCUUCUUUUAACCAGUAGUAUCUAGUAUCAACUGUCACCAAUGUCGGUGAAGUGUCCAACCCCGGCAUCAUUACUGCCAUUACUACCGGGCUUCCUCAGGGCCAACCCUCCAAGUUUUUGACUUUGUACUGCUGGAAGUUAUUCGUUCAAAAAUAUUGGUGGGCGUUUUCUGGGAUUAAAAAUUAUGGCAUUUACGUUCAGUCUUGUACGUGGAAGUAGCAAAAACCAAGUCGUUCUUCUUCUGGGAUUUCUUCUCUGCUUCAGUUUUGGUUCCGUGGAUUCAGAUGAUGGAGCUACUUUGCUGGAGAUAAAGAAGUCAUUUAGAGAUGUAGACAAUGUGUUGUAUGACUGGACAGACUCACCAUCUUCAGAUUGCUGUGUGUGGAGAGGUGUUACGUGCGAUAAUGUCACCUUCAAUGUCGUUGCACUUAAUCUCUCAGGGUUGAAUCUUGAUGGUGAAAUUUCACCUGCAGUAGGACAUCUCAAAGCACUGCUCUCAAUUGAUCUAAGGGGAAAUCGUCUUUCUGGACAAAUCCCAGACGAGAUUGGUGAUUGUUCUGCUUUGACAAGCUUGGAUUUUUCCUUCAACGAACUGUAUGGCGAUAUUCCCUUUUCAAUCUCCAAGCUGAAACAACUAGAAUUCUUGAUCUUGAAAAAUAAUCAGUUGAUUGGUCCAAUUCCUUCCACACUAUCUCAGAUUCCUAACUUGAAAGUUCUUGACUUGGCACAAAAUAGUUUGAGCGGAGAAAUACCAAGACUCAUAUAUUGGAAUGAAGUACUGCAAUAUUUGGGUUUGCGUGGGAACAAGUUGGUUGGAACUCUCUCACCAGAUAUGUGUCAGCUCACGGGCCUGUGGUACUUUUGUCUGUUCAGUGAUGUCCGAAACAACAGCUUGACUGGUUCUAUUCCAGAGAAUAUUGGAAAUUGUACAGCCUUCCAGGUUUUGGAUUUGUCGUAUAAUCAGUUGACUGGUGAGAUUCCCUUCAAUAUCGGUUUCUUGCAAGUGGCUACCUUAUCUUUGCAAGGUAAUAAGCUUUCUGGGCAAAUUCCAUCAGUUAUUGGCUUGAUGCAGGCACUUGCUGUGUUAGAUUUAAGCUGCAAUAAUUUGAGUGGACCGAUACCUCCAAUCCUGGGAAACUUAACUUACACGGAGAAACUGUACCUGCAUGGAAAUAAGCUCACCAGUUCUAUUCCACCAGAGCUUGGAAACAUGACAAAACUCCACUAUUUGGAAUUGAAUGAUAAUCGACUUAGCAGCCGUAUUCCACCAGAACUUGGGAAGCUCACAGAGUUGUUUGACUUAAAUGUUGCCAAUAACAACCUUGAAGGGCCCAUACCUGAAAAUCUGAGCUCUUGUACGAAUCUUAAUAGCCUGAAUGUGCAUGAUAACAAAUUGAAUGGGACCAUCCCCCGUGCAUUUCAAAGGCUUGAGAGUAUGACUUAUCUUAACUUAUCCUCUAACAACAUUAGAGGACCCAUUCCAAUUGAGCUCUCUCGCAUCGGAAAUUUGGAUACUCUGGACCUAUCAAAUAAUCAAAUCAGUGGUUGCAUACCUUCUCCCAUUGGUGACUUGGAACAUCUUUUGAAACUAAACUUGAGCAACAAUGCAUUAACUGGGAUUAUACCAGCUGAGUUUGGCAACUUACGAAGCAUAAUGGAGAUAGAUCUCUCAAACAAUCAUCUUUCUGGCGCAAUACCGCAAGAACUUGGUCAACUUCAAAAUAUUUUCUUGCUGAAAGUAGUAAACAACAACUUAUCAGGUGAUGUGACUUCACUUGCCAAUUGCCUCAGUCUGACAGUCCUAAAUGUGUCCUACAAUAACCUGGCUGGAAAUAUUCCUACAGGCAAUAACUUUUCAAGGUUUUCACCUGAUAGCUUCAUAGGAAAUCCCAGUCUUUGUGGAUAUUGGCUCAGUUCUCCUUGUCAUGCAUCUCAUCAGACAGAACGAGUUUCAAUCUCUAAAGCUGCUAUAUUAGGAAUUGCUUUGGGUGCUUUGGUGAUUCUUCUUAUGAUUUUAGUGGCGGCUUGCCGUCCACACAAUCCUGCACACUUCAUGGAAGGAUCAUUGGACAAACCAGUAACCUACUCAAUGCCAAAACUUGUAAUCCUUCACAUGAACAUGGCACUCCACGUGUACGAGGACAUAAUGAGGAUGACAGAGAACUUAAGUGAGAAGUACAUAAUUGGAUAUGGAGCAUCAAGCACCGUGUAUAAAUGUGUUCUGAAAAAUUGCAAGCCUGUGGCUAUCAAGAAACUGUAUUCUCAUUACCCCCAAAGCCUGAAGGAAUUUGAGACUGAACUUGAGACUGUAGGGAGUAUCAAGCAUCGUAACCUAGUCAGCCUACAGGGCUAUUCCCUUUCACCAUUAGGGAAUCUCUUGUUUUAUGACUACAUGGAAAAUGGCAGCCUCUGGGAUCUACUUCAUGGGCCUGCUAAGAAGCAAAAGUUAGAUUGGGAUACCCGUCUUCGCAUAGCACUGGGUGCAGCGGAAGGGCUUGCCUAUCUUCACCACGAUUGUAGUCCUCGGAUUAUACACCGGGAUGUGAAGUCAUCCAAUAUUUUGCUGGACAAGGAUUUUGAGGCUCACCUCACUGAUUUUGGGAUUGCAAAGAGUUUGUGCGCAACUAAGACCCACACUUCUACCUACAUAAUGGGAACCAUCGGGUACAUAGAUCCCGAGUACGCUGGUACUUCGCGUCUCACUGAGAAAUCUGAUGUCUACAGCUAUGGAAUUGUUCUAUUGGAGUUGCUUACUGGAAGGAAAGCAGUGGAUAACGAAUCCAACCUCCACUAUCUGAUCCUGAUCAAAGCAGCAAACAAUGCCGUGAUGGAGACUGUUGAUCCCGAGAUUAGCGCCACCUGCAAGGAUCUUGGAGAAGUGAAGAAGGUUUUUCAGCUUGCUUUACUGUGCACCAGGAGACAGCCAUCAGAAAGGCCUACCAUGCACGAGGUGGCUCGAGUCCUGGGGAGCUUAAUGCCAUCAUCGACACCAAAAAUGUUGACAACCAACCCAGCAGCUAAUCUACUUCCAUCAGCUAAAGUACCAUGCUACAUGGAUGAAUAUGCAAAUCUCAAGACUCCCCAGUUGGUAAACUGUUCGUCCAUGAGCACUUCUGAUGCUCAACUAUUUCUUAAAUUUGGAGAGGUGAUAUCUCAAAAUAGCGAGGGAAAUUAGUUCUGUGGACAAAAAAAAAGAAGUCACUAUUCCAAGUGCAUGGAUAAAAUAAGCAUAUAUUUUCCGCAAGGUAGAUGGAAUCAAGAUCCUGAAAGUUUUGUAUAAAGUAGCAGGAGUAGUAGUAUCAUAUCAGAGGACCAAUUAUUGCAGUAGUACUUUGGUAGACUCAAAAAGAUAGGCAGGCUUUUUACUGGCAGUUAAAACCGUGUAGUAUGAUAUCCCGCUCUUUUGAUCUGUAUAGAAACCUUUUUUUUUUUUCUUAUGAGUAUGGAGGUAGAUUUGGUCCUGGGUUUUGGGACCACUGGUCCCCCGAUCUAGGGAUGGUAAUUGUACUUCUGGAGCGGACCGGCUGUUAUGAUCAUUGGCUGGUACUACCCAAGGACCGAAGGAGGCUUAAGGGCACUGCAUUCUUGUGUGCAGCAGCAGCAAUAAUGCAUUGUGGACCUUAGGCACUUUGGCAGAAUGAAUGAAUGAAUGCACAUGUUUGGUAGUACCCAGUUA